CGACUUCCCAACUCCAACCAAGGCAAAAAAAUCCCCUCCAUCCACCACAGUCCUCUGUUCUGUGUCCAGCCCACUUUAGGCUUACUCAAUUUCACACAAAAUGGCCGAUCCCCGUAUUGAAGAGCUUCCCGACGAGGAGGUCCCCAAGACCCAGGUUGAGGAUGCCGGCAGCGACUCUGAGUCCGAGGCUGGCGAUGAGCCCACCAUCCCCGGUGGUGCCGCCGUCACCAUCCACUCUCGCAACGAGAAGAAGGCUCGCAAGGCCAUUGGCAAGCUCGGCCUGAAGCACGUCCCUGGCAUCACUCGUGUCACUCUCCGCAGACCCAAGAACAUCCUUUUCGUCAUCAACCAGCCCGAUGUCUACCGCUCCCCCACCAGCAACACCUGGAUCAUCUUCGGUGAGGCCAAGAUCGAGGACCUGAACUCCCAGGCUCAGGCUUCCGCUGCUCAGCAGCUCGCCGAGGCCGCUGCCAACGAGCACGCCGGUCACGACCACGAGCACGACCACGCCCAGGGCAAGGCCCCCGAGGCUGAGGCCAAGAAGGAGGAGGAGGAGGAUGACGGCGAGGAGGUUGAUGAGACCGGCCUCGAGGCCAAGGACAUCGAACUGGUUAUGGCCCAGGCUAAUGUGUCUCGCAAGAAGGCCGUCAAGGCUCUUCGGGAGAACGACAACGAUAUUCGUAGCGCCGCUCUCAAGAUCGACUGGACCAAGGUGACCAGCUCGCUCGGUCUCCGCGGUCAGACCGCUGCCUCCCUCCAGGCUUUCAAGAAGCGUAACGACGACGCGCGCCGCAAGGUCCAGAUUCUGUCCGAGCAGCCCCAGACCGUCGACUUCGCCCACUACCGCAAGGUCCUGAAGAACCAGGCCGUUGUCGACCAGCUCGAGAGCCACUUCAAGAGCUUCAAGCCCGCCACCUACGAUGUCAACCGCCAGCUAAAGGCCAUUGAUGCCUUCGAGGCGCAGGCCGUCAAGAGCGCCGAGGAGACCAAGGGCAAGGUCGAGGUCGAACUCCGCAACCUCCAGAAGACCCUCGAGAACAUCGAGACCGCCCGUCCCUUCGAGGACCUCACUGUCGACGAGGUCGCUGCUGCCCAGCCCGAGAUCGACGAGAAGACCUCCUCCCUUGUCCAGAAGGGUCGCUGGAUGCCGGCCGGCUACAAGGAGCGCUUCGGCGAGAUGUCCGUUGUUUAAACUGGCAGUAUCCCUUGUAUGCAACUCCCGUCCACUUUUUGCCCUUCAAUCUUCAGAUAUAGUCACACAACCCACAAAGAAAGAAAGCUUUCCUUACCCCACAUUUCUGUCAAGCAUGUUGGCCAGCUAGGAUACCCCUCCUGCCUUGUGUCUGGUCGUGUGAUCUCUUCGUUGUAGGGUUAUGUAUAGAAACAAUCCGUUCAAUCUUAUGGUUUCCCUAUCCUUGUUUCUAAGACAUGGGAUGCUGUCUUUGUUCGUUGAUACCACUAGGAUUAAAUCAGGUACAUCAUUUG